AUGCUCCUUACUCUAUCAGAUCAGCACAAGGAUGACCUUCAGUAUUUAACGACCGUUGACGUAGAAGAAAAAUUAAAUGUCCCCUCAAAUACGAUCAAAAAUAGCGUUGGUGGACUUGUACAUUUAUUAUUAGAGAGUGCAAAACUCGCGUUAAAUGAGAUCGAUUUUCAGGAUUCUGUCUUAACGCUAGGAUUUAGUGAGGAGGCGAAAGAAACGUUACUGAAGGCGUAUAAGCAAACAUUGGAUGAGGUCAGGAAAAAUCUAUCGAACGUUUCGCUGUCUUUACCUCAUUAUCGAAACUUGGAAUGGCGAUUUGAUGUGCAGGUCGCUAGCCGAGCCUUAAGGCAACAGGUCGAACCGCGCAUAGUUUUCAAGUUAAAUGUAGUAGAAAAUGAUACCGUAACUAGCGAAUUGUUACAAACUGACAUCAAUAAUCUCGCGCACAUGGUUUCGAAAUUGGAAGCUGCACUUGCAGAGAUGAAAACUAAUCACUGCCGUCGAAUUCUACGUAACAUCUAA